AUGGAGAUGGGGCCGCGAACGGAGGACACAUCCGAGUAUCCUUCGCAGCCUUCAGUAUCCCAGCAUGCACCGUGCGUCGGCAAUCAGAUGUUCGAAAACACGGAGCAAAAAGCCGGUCCCGAGAGCGGAGAAAAACAUGUGAGUAUUAUUAACCAUGUUACUUGGGAUCUUAAGUUACUUUUGAUCUCUAGAUCUUGCAUGGUGGAGGAAUCUGGUACCUUGGAGUCCCAAUUAGAAGCCACCAAGCGUAAACACCAGGAGAUCCGAGCCAUGCGGAGCCAGCUGAAGAAGAUUGAAGACUUGGGUGCAGCAAUGGAAGAAGCGCUGAUACUGGACAACAAAUACACAGAACACAGCACAGUGAGUCUUGCACAGCAGUGGGACCAACUGGAUCAACUAUGGAUCAGGAUGCAACAUAACCUGGAGCAGCAGAUACAAGCCAGGAACACAACAGGGGUGACAGAAGAGGCUUUAAAGGAGUUCAGCAUGAUGUUCAAACACUUCGACAAGGAAAAGUCGGGAAGGCUAAACCACCAGGAGUUCAAGUCCUGUUUGAGAUCACUGGGCUAUGACCUGCCGAUGGUGGAAGAAGGAGAGCCAGAUCCUGAGUUUGAAGCCAUUCUUGACACAGUAGAUCCCAACAGGGAUGGAAAUGUGUCUUUACAAGAAUACAUGGCCUUUAUGAUAAGCCAUGAGACAGAAAACGUCAAAUCCAGUGAAGAGAUUGAGAGCGCCUUCAGAGCACUCAGCACAGAGAACAAACCCUACGUCACAAAAGAGGAACUCUAUCAGAAUUUAACCAAGGAGCAGGCAGACUACUGCCUGUCACACAUGAAACCCUACUUAGACAGCAAGGGUCGCGAGAUGCCCUCAGCAUUCGACUUUGUUGAAUUUACCCGCUCGCUUUUUGUUAACUGA